CGAGGCAAAGUUGACUCCUUUGUCACACAAAUUUAACGCUAACCCUGAUAUUAGCUCUUCUUAAAAUCGAGUGCUGAUUCUAGGUUGAUUAUGGAUUUUGAUUAUUUUGUGGACAGGGCUUCGAUAUAGAGAAUGUUUCAGUACCAUCAAAUAUGUGCGGAAUGAUCACUGGACUGUUGCCCAUCGAUUGUGUACGUGAGAGGGGUUAUCCUUAUCCUGUCUUGGUCAACCUUUAUGCUAAGAUGGGGCUUCAUCGUUACAAUAUGUUGAAAGGUACAAACUUCCAGCUUGAUUCCCUAGUGAAAUUCAACAUGUUACAAAAUUGUGUGUCCUCUGUCUACAUGACUUUGCUUGCACACGAGCCAGCUCCUGACCCAUUGGCCAAAACCUUCCAGGUGCGAGUUGAUGAGCAUAAAGCAAACAGUUUGGCUUUUGAGUGCUCCAUUGCCAGAAUUAAAGAUGAAGUGAUCACUAAGAAGCCCUUUGUACCUCACUUCCAUGGUGACGCUUUGGCGUAUGGUAUCUUCAAAGGUGAAUUGCCUAAUUGGCCGUCAGAUGAUGCUUUGAAUGAUGGAAAACGGUUUUACUUGGUAAGAUUAUCUCUGAAGGAAUCAGAAUGGCAAGCAAAUGAUUGGAUUUCUAUGUAUUUGGAACUUGUAAUUUGUGCACAUGAUAGGAGGAUCCGGAAGAGGGACGUUUACUCCCAAUUGGAGAUUCUGGAAGUGGCAAUAGAAACUGGUGUCGAAGAUGUGGAGCCUCCAAUAGAAACUGGUGUCGAAGAUGUGGAGCCUCCGAAUGAGAGACUCAAUGCCACAAGUGUAAAUGUCUACAUAAAGUUUAAGGGCAUGGAAAAUGUUAUAACCCCUAUGAUGAUUUUUGAGAGUGGUGAGCAUGUAGAACACAAAGCUGUAGUUAGAAGAGUCCUCAAUGAGCAUAGCGGAGACAUGACUCUAUCGGGUAAGUUUUGUGGUGGUCUAAGUACUAAAAAGAAAAUCCAGAGUUCUAAAAAGCGAACUCGCUCAGACUAGUGCAACUCAUGGAGUAUGACCGUGUCCACGUGAUGACAAGAUCCAUUUGAAUGUGUGGAUCAGAUAAUUACUUGCGAGAGAUGUAUCAUUUCCGGUUCUAGUUGUAAAUUAAUUCUUCCAUCUGAAGGCCCUUGUCAGGAACCUAACCUAGGAAUAUACUACAAGAAUUAUAUUAUUUUGUUUUUGUUUGAA